AUCUCAAUCUUUCAAUCUCAGUCCUCAACCAACCACAACUACUUUCAAUCAAUCUCUCAACCUUCACUAAAUCAUCAUGUCUGACGCUCUCCGUAAGCCCCUCUCCGACCAGGCCGGCGAGAAGAUCACCCCAGACUCCCAGAAGAGCACCUUGGAUAAGGCCAAGGAAACUGUCACUGGUGCCGGCGACCGUGCUGCAGGAACUGCCCAGCCUGAGGACCAGAAGAGCUACACCCAGCAGGCCGGCGAUGCCAUCCGCGGUGGCUCCGACAACACCUCUCGCGAGGGUCAAUCUAUCUCGCAGACCGUCACCGAUACCGUCAACCAGGGUGUCGAGUCCGCAAAGAAUGCUCUGGGUAUAAACAAUCCCCCGAAGCAAUAGAUGUGUCGGACAUCCACACCCACUCAAUCUCCCCACGUGGAUGAGAUUGCACGACCUGGCAGCGUUGCUUUCUACUUUGUAUUAUCAUACCUGACUUGCAGUACGACGUCUCAGACGUGUGGAAACAAGCAUGAGUUGUGCAAUGGCAUGACGAAUAUCUUUCCGGGUCCUAGAUAGGA